AUGGUACCCCAUGUUUUUCUUACCAGAACUUCUGGUCGAAAGCGCAAGUCACGCCGGACUCAUGGCGACCUCGGGGCCGGUAGUCCCGAUGCUGUGGCCCUUAUGACAGCCGGAGCUCCCGGUCAAAUCGGCCAUCCUCUACCAUUGGUUGGGAUCCAUCCGCCCAGCGGACCGGCCGGUAUCGGAGGUGGAGGUGCCGGAGGCAGCGGUGGAGCUGGUGACAGUGGCAUCAUCGAGGUUGGCGUCGGCUCGCCGAUAGAGGAUUACAGACACGAUCGACUCUCAACUGCUCGCGCUGCCGGCGGUGGCCGACGAUCACCGCACUUCGAAGAGACCAACCGCUUCUGGGGUCGCUCGUUGGUGGGCGACGGUGAGGCUGAGGGUCGUGGUACUGGGGCCGAGGAUGAGGACGAGGAGGACGAAAAUGAUUACGAUGAUGAGGAUGAGGAGAUACUCGGCCCUCUUGGUCAUGAAGACCGCACCACCGGCCAAAUACUCUGGAUUCGUGGGCUUUCUAGGCUCCAGACCCAGGCGAGUUUUCCUCCUCUCAUUGCUUGUCAUGCAAAUUCACAUUCACACUCACACACCAACACACAUACACACGCACAUACACGCACGUGCACUUACUCUCUCAUCCACACAUUGACAAACAUUCGUUCGUCUGUCCCGGAGCGUUGGACCGUUUUGCCAAUCGUCUUUGGUCUCUAUCGCCUACCGUUUUCUGGUUGGAUUCAUUACCCUCUUAUAUAA